GCGGAAGUGACGCAUUUUAUUUUGAAAAUUCGUGGCGCUGAAUGAAAACGCAACUCUAAUCUUAUCUCUUCUCUCCACGUCGAUAUAACUUUCUUGUGAAGUGUGCACAGUCAUGAAGAAAGCUCAGGUGAAAGAUACAGCCAUCCCUCCACAGACCGGUGUGGCAUCCAGAGCAGCAAAUGCCAAAAACGAUGUUGACAAUAAGAAGAACCAGCCCAGAUCUCUAAAAGUGCCAACCACAAGGUAUGGACAGCAAAAUGACUUGAGGGAGCAGAAUCGAAUCUUGACUGCGACAAAUGAAGACCUGCAGAGACAGCUUGAAGAAAUGAAGGAAACAGUGACUGAACUGAACCAUCGAUGCUCGGACCUCCAGGGAGAAAACGGAGAGAUUCAGAAACAGCUGCGAGACUGUCAUGUCUUACUUGUUGCGGAAAAUCUCGACCCAGUUUCAGGAGAAAAGUUGGGCCAGACCGCACAACAAAAGGAUGAAGAACGAAAAGAAAUAAUGACUGUUUCCCAAAAUCUUUUGAGUGAGCUUAAACUAUUUGGUGAGAUGGCGCUGGAGCAAACAGCUAAUUUAAAUGAAGUGCAGCACACCAUGAGAGACCUGACGGAAGCUCAUGAAAAGCUCCAGCAGGAACGGGCGUUGUUCAGUUUGGAUGUGGAGGAAAUGGAGAAAGCUUUGGCAGAUGCAGAGAGGCUCUUGAUAGAGUAAAUGAAAGAAACUCUUUUGUUGGCCAUAAGUACUGUUAAACCAUAUGGUGGCGUUCCAAGAGCUGUCAAUCUAAAAACCUAAGAGAAAACCGGGAAAAAAAACAACAACAUCUGAACAGAACUGCAAUGUAGUCGGUUAAAGGUACAUGCACACUGUUAUCAAAACCAGAUUUUUUAAAAAUACUGUUUUUUUUUUUAUUAAUGGAUUGUUCACCCUAAGAGGAAAAUUCUGUCAUCGUUUACUCACCCCAAGUUGUUCCAACCCUGUAUACUAUUUCUUUGCUGAACACAAAUGAAGAUAUUUUGAAGAAUGUUUGUAACCAAGCAGAUCUGGGGCACCACUGAUUCCGAUAGUAGGAAAAAAAUACUAUGGAAUUGAAUGGUGCCCCAGAUAUGUUUUGUUAUUAACAUUGAAAUAUAUACAGGUUUGGAACACCAAUGGGGUGGGGUUAAAUGAUGACAGAAUUUACUUUUUUCUUUUUGUGAACUUUCCAUUUUUAACUUAUAAAACAAUACUCUUGUUAUAGAGAUGUUAGUUGAUGUUACAAUAAGAAAUGUAAAUAUAAAAAUUUUGAUAUAAAAUGUAAAUAAGCACUUACAAAAAAAGGCAUAUAUCAGAUGUUAAUUUCUGAUUUGAAUGCUGUUUAGAAACAUAAGAAAUUAAUAAAAGCUAAACUGACUUUUGUAUGUUAACUAUUGUUUUUGUUCAUAUUGUGUCUAUUUCUGUUUAAAUUUAGCCAACAUGCCUAUAAUAGGCUAUAGUAGUUAAAACUUGUUUAGGGCAGGUUUUAUUGUGACAACUUAUCCUAUAUAUUGUGCAGUGGCGGCUGGUGACUUCUCUUCCAAAGGGCACAAAUCCCAAUAAUUAGGAAUGCACCGAUAGGAUUUUUUGGGCCGAUACCGAUUUAAACAGACAACUUCUGGCUGAUGCCGAUACCGAUAUUAAACACUUGUAUACAAUACUAUACAGUUGGUCUAUUAGCUAGUUUAUUUCUGCAUCAAAUUAUUUUUACUGAACAUGGAUUGGGUCUAAUUAACAUUCAACUGACCAACAUAAUA